ACUAGUGCGCGGACUCUGCCAUUCAUUCUCACUACGCCUCUGUUUGGCUUACAUGUUGCUUUCAGUCCAGGAUGUGUAUUGUGUGAACGAAUGGAUUGUGUACAGUCCAGAUGGAUCAGGCUGAUUGGACUAACAUGUACAUGAGUCCUGACCAACAUGGCCCAUUGGGAUAGUUUGAGUAGCAUGGACGCUUUACCUGGAGCAGGCGACUGCUCCCCUACAGUUCCUGAGUCAGAACUGUACCGAAGCCUCCAGGCUGUGCUGCCCCGUUGUACCGAUCAGCAGCAGGGCCCAGACUGGUGUAACAAAGGAAUGCUGAGAUGGACACUUCAUAAGAAGGUUCAAAACAACCCUGCUAACAGCUUAUCUCUGCUGUGGGUGCUGAUAAAGGAGCUGGAAAAGGCGGAAAGAUGGGACUCUCGCAAAUCCAUCAUUCCUCUGCUCCACACAUUGAUGCACGCCAUCAUUCAGACAGCCUACAUCCCAGAUGAGCUGUUCAAACGUGUGUAUGACUUCUGUAAGCGGCUACUGACCUAUCCUCAGCCUUAUUGCACCGUGGGCCUCAGCUACACAAGACAAAUAAAAACGGAACGCUUCAUUCCAGGCCUGAUGUACCAGAGGAUGAUCACAGCAGAGCAGAAGCUAAAAAAUGAGCACUAUCCUUUUCAAGAGAGGGUUUUUGUGUUAGCCGAUCCAGAGGUCUUCUCUGGUUCCUUGAUACCCACCAUAGCGGAGGACUUUGAAGUGUCUGCCUCGGGUUCGACUGGAUUCCAGAAUCCGCUAGAACACAUGCGCAGCGUGGUUCAGCACACCAUACAGGCGGCUUUAGGACCACAGCAAUGCCACGGUCCAAAACUGGCUCAGGCACUAAGGGACAUGGGCCAAGAAGUGGAGCCAUACUUUCAGGAAGUAUUGGCAACUCUGGAGCAGUGCGUGGAGGAUGGCUACAGAGGAGAAGGGGGAAUACUGAACAGCCGUCUUCAGCAGCUGUACAGCGAAAUUGUCUCUGAUUCUGAUGCAGAGCCUGUGUGUGGAGGACCAAUGUGUGACUGCCCGAUUCCCAACCCUGAGAUGAGCUUCUACCUGUGGACCGAAGAUCUAGAUAUCUGGCGGGAGCUGGCCAAGUGGUUCCGAUCCAGCAGCGUGUCAGAACACUUCUCCUCCUUCAGCCAGGAACAGGAGGACUUUGAGCUCGGCGAAUCACCAUUCACUCCAGGGGACAUGCCUCGCUUCUCUAUUAUGUCCAAUGACAGUGGCAUUGAAAAGGACUUGCCCCCCAGUUCGGAUUUCUCUCCAUCAACUUCACUGGACAACCCUUGUAUUGUUUCAGCGUGGGAACAGUGCAAAAGUGAGCAAGAGUCGAGUAGGCUGUCACGGAGACGAGGCAUCAAACUGAAACCGACGGCUAAGGACGGUAUGGUGCUCAUGCAAGACACACUGGAGGACAACCCAAGUGCAUCAGGUGGAGGAGGCCCAGGGACGGGAGGAAGGAGACCAGCCACUCUGCAGAGGCGAGCGGGGACGAGCAUGAUGGAGAACCACUUCCCCAAGCAGCAGCGACACUUUAUCGCAAAGAUUGUAGUUAUGGGAGAUGACAGAAUAGUGGGUCGCCUGGCUAAGGCUUAUUACGUCUAUAGAAAGCGAGAAGCACGGCGGCUUUUUCUUACAAUGAAAGUCAGUCUCCAGUUCUACUACAUUCCUGUUUGCCCUGCUCAGCUGCCAGUCUCUCCGGUUACGGUAAACCUCAGUCAGUCCACGGGGGAUUCCUGCACUCUUGGUUCCUACUUGAGCAACGUGGAUCCAUGGUACAACAGCAACAUCAACAGUUUGGGAUGCAUGAUUCAUAAACUGGCUAAAUUGCAAGAAAUGAAUCCUGAGAGACCCACAGACCCAUUCAUCUCUGAUGUCAUUGCUUACUACAUCCGCAGCGGCCAGCAGCCUGUCUACUUCACCAUCUAUUUUGUAAAGAUUACAUUCAACAGCAUGACGAAGGAUCCAGUGGAAGAUGUGUUCCUUACUAACCUGGAAAUAGAGUUCCCAGAAUUCAGACAUAUUGCAGCUUCAAUGAAAGAUAAACAUAAGAAGAGCGCUGGCUCGGGGGAAGUUUGUGGAGCUGUUAUCUCUAUGAAUUACAAAAAGAUGACGUUAAGUGGGCGGGAUGUUGAUGUAGGAAUUUCAGCGCGAACAACAGGCGCUCAGAUUAAUGCCAUUCCCUCCUGUGAAGCAGAAGAUCUGAACUGUUUGACUCUAACACUGAAUGAAGCUCCAUCAAAGACAAAAGGCUCGAGUGGGGAAUCAAAGAUUCGAACAAGCAAUAUUAAGAUUCGUACCUUGGAGAGGCGAUCGUUUACUCUCACCCUGGACAAAGACAGUCGGAGGAUUUACAAACAUGUGCAGAGCAUCGAGAUCUCUCCCUGUCUGGAUCCUGGCUACUGCGUGCAGAAAUACAUGGGGUCCAAAUUCUGCACUGACGGAGCUAAAGAUGCUGGACUGAGCAAAUACAUGAGCAAAACUCUUCCUCUGCCAGUCAAUACAUUUGCUGGCAUUAUCAACUGAUGUGUCAAAGUUACCCAACUCAUCAUCAAGGAGUAACGCUAUUCUCACUUUGCUUAGUGAGUGGGAAUGAUGAUCGUCUUCCCAAUCUGAUCUUCAAAGAACAACAGCAAAAGAAAAUACGGUUACCUUUCAGACCUAAUGAGCUGCUCCUGGACCCAAAGUGUUUCACAUCUGCCACUUUGCUCUUACUGACAUUGAUUGAGAAAGACUUCUUUUUUUUUUACAAUUCAGAAGUAACUUAAGCACCAAUAUGAUCAAAUUCUGCAAGUGACUGCCUCAUCAAGUCCACUGGUUUUACAGUGUUAAGAAGUUUUAUCAUGCUGCAAGAUGGGAUUGACCUAGAUCAAUAUUGUGCUCUUCAUGAAAAACCUGCGGUGCACACUUUAAUGAUCACAGAUAUUCAUUACAUUUAACUGUGCCUAAUACCAAUUAUCAAUAUUGUCCAGAGAGACCAGCAGAGAAAAUUAAGUAAGCAAAUAUACAUUGAUCAGCCACAAUAAAACCACUUGUAUUUAGAAGUGCAGGGUUUGGCCGUCAUGCAUUGUGCUUGUUCUAGAGAUGGGAACCUGCGUUUGCAGCUUAGGGAGCAUUUUCAGCAGUCCUGCUUAGUCCACUUUUUAUUCAACCUCUAGUUUUUUGCGUAGAAAAUCUGGUUUGUUUAGCAAGGAAUGCAUCAAACUCUAAUGCAGACCAAAAAAGCUUUUGUUUUGGUUGGUUAAAAACAACCAAAACAGUUGUGUGAAUCUAGUGCUAGUGGGAGAAACGGCUAGUGGUCUUUUACCAAAAACAAAAGAGA